AAGAAGCCUCUUGCCACUUUUGUAUCGCUGUGCCUUAAAAGACCGCGACACAUGUCUCCGAUAAUGAUACGCACUGCCGUGAAUACUUAACAGACACUCGUUCCAAAUAUCUCAACGUGCGUCUCAGUACCUAUGUGAUUGUUCUUAGAGUUCGAAGUGUCGUAUAUCUUGGACAGAAAAUAAUUUUACGCGCGUGAUAGAAAGGUAAUGAGUAUGUAUAAGCGAUAAAUUCAGGAAGCUACUGUUUAUCUUUCAUUAUUAAGUAAUGCAAAAUUUAACGAUAAUGUCUCAAUAUCAUAAAUUGUAAUAUUUCUAAGAUUAUAAUCUUUAUGCGCGAAGAAUUCAGAAAUGCGCAGCGUCUUGCAAGUUACGAUGACAUGGCUCACUCUCGAUAUUGUCUCAGGCAACGGCUUUGGAUAUAGUAAAAAAGAACAACAUUUGUGGCCACGGAAGUACAAAUUGUGCUUGGGGAAGCUGCAAUCACCGGUGGCUUUAUCCACAUCCAAAGCGAUCCCUCUGCCACUUCCGGCGCUUGAAAUGAUCGGUUACCACGAUUUUCUCCCGACACCGCAAACCCUAACGAACAAUGGACAAAGCGUCAAGCUCACUGUGAGUAAGAACGUGAUGUACAAAAGACUGCCGUAUGUAUUCGGCGCCACGCUGAAGCCAAAUCAGCAUUACGAAAUGGAGCAGCUCCACUUUCACUGGGGCGCGAAAAAUAACAGAGGUGCUGAACACAUGUUGAACGGCGUGAGAUACCCGAUGGAGAUGCACAUCGUGCAUCGCAACAUGGUGUACUCGAACUUCUCACAGGCAUUGGAGCACGAAGACGGCGUGGUCGUAGUGGCGACUUUCUUUCAGCUGCAAGAUGAACAGAAUGAACUCCUUCAGUCCUUCAUAAACAAGCUGCCGGAUAUACAGUGGGCGAAUACAGAAAAGUCGGUGAAUAUAUCGAUAACUCUAACGUCUCUCAUACCGUCAAACACUGAUGUCUUUUACACAUACAAAGGGUCUCUUACAACCCCACCUUGCAACGAAGUUGUCACUUGGAUAAUCUUCGGCACUCCAGUCCCGAUAUCUUUCCGCCAAAUGAAUGCGUUUCGAACGCUUUCCAACGGCGAGGAAACAUUAGGCGACAAUUUCAGACACUUGCAAGAUAUCGGUCAGCGCAAAAUUUAUAUCAGAAGAUUGACCGCGACCAAGAGUGAUGAUCUGCGAUUGAACUUCGCGAAUCUAAGCUGGUUCUGGCUGUGACACAAUUGAGAUAAAACUGGCAAUCUCGAUCUUUAUCUAUUAUUUUUAUCUGUAAUAAUAA